GUUUGUAACCGGCGUGUUUUCAAAACGAGGAGUGCCAGUGAACGCUGUGAAGGCACACAGAAGGCCAUAGUCACUGUGAUGAUGGAUUCUCCUCCUACAAAAGAGCAUAAAAGUCAGCUCGAGUCUCCGCUGCCCUCCAUCUCGGAGCGCCUGGCGUUCCUGCGGCCGUCCCGCGAGCUGCUGGAGUUCUACAGGCAGAAGGUGGCUCAGUUCGACGGAGAACAUGAAGACCUGCUGCAGAUGCUGGAGAAGUACAGGAGCACCGCAGAGGAGCAGCACAAGCUGCAGUGGGAGGUCCGUCAGCGCGAGGAGGAGAUCCUGGAGCUCCAGAACGCUCUCAGUGACAUGCAGGUGUACCUGUUCCAGGAGAGAGAGCAAGCGCUGCGACUGUACGCCGAGAACGACCGCCUCAAAAUCAGAGAGCUGGAGGACCGGAAAAAGAUCCAGCAUCUUUUAGCGCUGGUGGGACCGGAUCCAGGCGAGAUCACGUACUUCCAUCGAGAGCCUCCCAAUAAGGUCACAAUCCCUCAGAAGAAGAUCCAGCUGAGAUCACAUGAGGAGUCAAAGCUGGCAAAACCAAGACCUGUGUAUGCGAAAGGAAGCAAGAAAUCGUCCAAAGAAGACGACAGCAGAAGUUCAGAGCAGUACAAGAGAGACAACCAGACGUUACUGCUGCAGGUGGAGGCGCUGCAGGCUCAGAUGGAGGAGCAGACGCGGCUGGCUAAAGAGCAGGUGGAGGCGCUGCUGGAGGACAGACGCAUUCACCUGGAGGAGAGACAGGUCCAGCACCAGCGGGACCAGGAGAGAAUCACGGCCCUCGCCGAAAAACUCCAGCGCACGCAGAAUCUGCUGUACGAGAGCACGAGGGAUUUCCUGCAGCUGAAGUUCUCGAGUCGAGCUCACGAGAAGAGCUGGAUGGUGGAGAAGGACCGUCUUCUGCGAGAGCUGGACUCCUGUCAGGAGCGACUGCGCGAGGACCACAGUUUCCACCAGCAGCGUCCGUCAGCAGACCCGCUGGUCAUCACACACACCCACGAGAGCAGCCACACACACCGGGACGAGAUCAGGGCUUUGCAAGAGGAACUGAAACAGGCUCAUAAACUGUCUGACAUGUACCGAGAUCAGUGUGUGAAUCUGGAGACGGACCUGUCGCAGAUCAGAGAAGAGGGCGACGUGGGCCGAGAGAUCUUCAAAGAGCGCUCUGACAAGAUGGCCAAUCGCCUGCAGCUAAUGACUCAACGUUACGAAGCUCUGGAGAAAAGACGGGUCAUGGAGGUGGAGGGAUUCAAGACCGAUAUCAAACACCUGCGGCAGAAAGUCAAAGAUGUGGAGAAACAUCUCUUUAAAUUGACGCUCAACGUGGGCCCUAAUCAAGACCUGGCGAUUCUCCACGAAGUGCGUCAGACCAACAACCGCACGGUAAAGGUCCAGGAUGAGCUGAAGAACCUGAAGGCUAAAAUAUACAGACUGGAGAACGACCUGAGAUUCUGCUGAAGACUCGUCAUGUGGAUUGAUAUAGGCAUUUGCAUAUGGAAAUAUG